AUGCUCUCUUAUCCUAAUUGGAUUGAUGGAGCCCCUUCGGAAUUUGGUCUGAGAUCGAGCAGAGACUAUGGAAUUUAUCGCAAGCCCUCGUUUUUCAACCAUGAUUGUCUCCCCCAUGCGUGCCGAUUUGAUUAUGUUGAUGAAGGCAGCAUAGAGAUUAUUGUGAGGAUGAUUCACGAUGUUCCGGAGGGGAGGGAGAUUUACCUGAGCUACUUUCAUGUUAACCAGGCUUAUUCGAGCCGGCAGAGGACUCUGGCUGAGGACUAUGGGUUUGUAUGUCAAUGUGAUCGGUGCAAGGUUGAGGCGAAUUGGUCUGACAAUGAGGAUGAGCAAGGUGGUUCGGCUGAGAUUAUGGAUGAGGACCAAGACCAGGAAAUGGAAGGAGAAUCGGAAUCAGAAGCUGGGAGUGCCAUAGAAGUAGAAGAUCAAGGAGAAGCUGAUUUUCCACAUGCCUAUUUCUUUGUGAGAUUUAUGUGUAGUAGAACCAAUUGCUGGGGAACGCUAGUCCCUUUGCCCCUGGAAGAUGAUGGAACUCGGAACUCCUUCGGAUGCUAUGGAAUGCAAUGUGUCUGGAAGCCUUAA